UCCGAGAGGCUAAUCCAGCAGUUGGUUGAUAGCCAGGAGCACCAGCGCCAGGACGCUCUCGCCAGAGAGGAGCACCAGCGCCAGGACGCUCUCGCCAGAGAGGAGCACCAGCGCCAGGACGCUCUCGCCAGAGAGGAGCACCAGCGCCAGGACGCUCUCGCCAGAGAAGAACACCUGCAACAAGAAGCCCGUGGUGACAAAGAGCGUCGGGAGCGUCAAGCCCAGGCUACCGCAGAGGCACUACAACGGGCGGCCACACAGAACCUAGAACUCGCUAAGCUAGCUCUCUCUCGCCAACCAGAGUGCACUAUCACGGCCCGAUAUCACGAACACCCACCAAUGCUAGCCCCCCUAAUCCAAGCAGGAGGGAUGGAGAGGCGCCUCAAGUUCUGAGCCCGAGACCCCAAAGUACACCUGUGGAUGAGGAACUAGAGCUCAAUGAACGACUGGACUCCCUGCUGGACCGUCACCGGCAAAGCCCACACCCCCUCCCUCUCUCCUCACCAUCGAAAACAGUACGCCAUUACACGGGACCUUACGACCCACUCCCUAACCACCCGCCUGGUUCCAUUGUUCCCUUCUUCACCGAAGACAGCAGGGAGAACUAUCGGGAGAUGCGACUGAGCCUGGACUACCUGUUAGGAGAACCGCAGGCAUACCACAGUGAACAACAGAAGUGGCUCACACUCCAUCUCCACUGCAAGCUACCGAUAGCUAAGAGGUUGUGCUUCUCCCAUGCCCAGUCCCCCACCCCCUACACUGAUAGCAUCGCGGAACUGGAUCGCCGCUGGGGAUGUCCAUGGGACCACAUCCUCGACGAGGUUGAAGCCCUCGGGGAGUUGCCAGAUAUCAGAAGCGAUGCAGCUCUCGAUGACUACACCCUCCGCGUCCGUUCCCUGGUUACGAUGCUGAAACUACAGGGACCGACUGGAACCAGAGAGCUGAACACAGGCUCCACGGUAGAGCGCUUCAUAAGGAAGCUACCCAGACACAGAGAGGAGAGAUUCCGGCGGCGUCACGACCAGCUGUAUCCCGACCAGCCGGCGGCCAGCCUAGAGGAGCUGUCCGAGUUCCUAAGAGGGGAGGUGAAGCACAUCCGCCUCCCAAAGAAAGCUGAGUCGAAGUGUGGCAGCCAUGAACGGUCCGAUCGAGCCUCCUGGAGGAGGGAAGGAUCCGUUCGGGUGAUGACGACCAUCUCAGAAGGGAAGGCUGCCCCCCAUGGUGAACGGGGCGGCCCUAAGAAUGGUGAGAAGAAGAAGGGCGAUAGGACACCUCCACCGCCUUGCCCAUAUUGCACGGAGCCACACUGGCUCGAACGCUGUCCUGAGUUCGAGAAGAAGAACACCGAAGAGAGGAAGCAGUGGAUCAAGGACAACAAACGGUGUUGGAGGUGCGCCCGCGAGCACAUGGCCAAGCAAUGCACCCUAAAGAGGCCCUGUCGCAUUAAGGAGUGCGGCAGGACGCACCUCACAGUCCUCCAUGAUCUCAAUGACGGAAGGGAUAAACCAGAGACCAGGGAGACCACCCAGGACCCAUCCGCUGAGACAGAGGAGGGUCGCACCUACUACGUAGGCCCAGUGCGUGGUUACAACUCCCGGGUGCUACUCAAGAUGGUGCCGGUCGUCCUACGCCAUGAUGGUAAAGAGAUGUCGACCUACGCAAUCAUUGACGACGGCGCAGAACGCACCCUCCUGCUGAAGGAAGCAGCCAACGCCCUGGGACUCAAGGGUCGACCCCACCAGAUGAACAUCCUCACCAUCAGGCCAGAGCCCACCAAGGUCGCGGGUGAGAUAGUGUCCCUAGAGAUCAUGGCGCGGGGACGACCAGGAGAGGUGCAUCCUCUGUGUGACGUGUUCACGGCAGCCGAUUUGAGCCUUUCUAAGUACGGAUACCCGAUAAAGGCCCUCGAGGCUAAGUACCCCCAUCUGUCUGAGUUGGAGCUUGACCAAGAAGAGGAAGUGGUGCCGACCAUCCUGCUUGGGUCGGACUACGCCAGGCUCACCCUCCCAAGACGCAUCCUGCCGGGCCCGAGAGGCUGUCCCGUUGCCCUAGAUACUCCACUGGGCUGGACCCUCCAAGGCCCCAUCAACCUGAAGAGUACUAAGCCCAGCCAGACCCGAACCCACUACCUCGGAGCCGAGGCCGAGGAUGGGAUACUUAUGGAGAACGUCCGUAAGCUAUGGCAAUCGGACACCACCGCACUCCCACCUCCAGUCAAGACUCCAGCAACCAGGAAGGGAAGGACCCCCAAGAAGGUGGCUGAACAGCCGACGGCUGUUCCCCAGCCUGAGGAAGAGUCCGUUCCCGCUGUAAAAGUGGCGAAGCCGAGAAGAAACCGGAAGGCCGCCCAGCAGGAGCCUCAGGUGGGAGUGAUGGAGGAGGAGGAGGUCAGUGAGGGGGCGGCUGACGCUCAGCCCGAAGAGCCGGCCCUGUCAGGGUGAAGGCCAGACGAGGGAGGAAGGCUGGACCAGAACCCGAGGCGGUCGCCGUUGAACAGGUCGCUGCCAAACAACCGACCCAGGCCCCGGUCCGAGCCAAGAGGGGAAGGUCAAUCAAGGCCAAACCAGAAGAGGAGGCGGAGGUAGACAUCCCGGUCCUUCCAGAGGCUGUUGUGAAGCAGCUGCCUGAGAAAUCAAGGAGAUCAAAGAAGACCAAGCAAGAGUCUGUUGAGGAGGAGGAGGCCUCCGAAGAGCUCCAAGUGGUGGAGAGUUUGGCCCCUGAGAAGGUGAAGGCUCCGUCUAAAGCCCGGGGAAGAAAGGCCAAGCAGCAAGAGGAGGCGGAAGAGACCCCUGUGGAGUUGGCUGUUGUCGCUGAGGUGGUCGAAGAACCCACCGCAGCCCCGGCUGAAAAACCCAAGAGAGGAAGGCGGCCAACGGAAGCUGAGCUGAAGAAGAACUACAGAGACAUGACAGAGGAGUUGAAGAAAGAACUAGCCCCCCUCCAAGUCGACUUCCAGUACAACCCACCUAGCGCCCCUCAUUUCGGAGGAGUGUGGGAGAGGGAAGUCAGGUCAGUGAAAGCGGCUCUCAACUUCGCCCUUGGAGGACAGGUCCCCAAAGCAGAGGUCUUCGCCACAGUGUUGGUUGAAGUGGAGGCCAUCCUCAACUCUAAGCCGUUGGGAUACACGAGUAGCGACCUGGCUGACCUCGAUCCCAUCACGCCCAACUCUCUCCUCAUGGGGCGGCCAGACACAGCUCUCCCACUCGCCGCCUAUGCCUCAACUGAUGACGUCAGUGAUCGUACCUGGAAGUACAGUCAGGCUGUAGCUGACCAGUUCUGGAGGAGGUACACUUCAGAAUAGGGCUGGGCGAUUUUUUCGGUUUAAUCGAUUAAUUUGCAUUUUUUCUUUCCUACGGUUUGUGAAAUGGCUGAACCGAAAAAUCGCGAUUUAAAAACAGUUCUAGACUCUUCCGAUUUGUUUUGCUGAAUAGACUCCGUAGUAGCCUCCUCUCUCACUUUCCAGAACGCGCGCAAAACUCAGCCUACUGCAAUCACAUUCACCUCGCCCCCGACAGACUUGGGGGAGAGCCGGGUCGAUUGAAACACUUUUCAGUUAAACGUCUUUUGCAAAGAUGACGUUAUGUAUACAAAUAAUUUGUGAUCAACAACUCACAUGUGUGUUCUCUUAGUUACAAGUGUAAUUUAAUACAUAAUGAUCGAGCUGUUUUUUAACUUUGAAUGUAAGUUGACAUCCGUUUCAAAAGCCCCGACUAGUCGGGACGUUUGAAACACACAUGCAGGACGAAUGAAACAGCAUAUUUUAAAAAAUAAUAAAAAAAUUCGCGGGGUUGGUCAGUCUUGCCGUGGUUUUCGAGGAAAUCGCUGUGUUUCAAUCGACCCUGAUCUCCCCUACCAUAACAAUGUCCACGAACACCGAUGAAGAAGAACUCGUUCAUAAAAAGGGUGCUACUUCAGUCGUAUGGAAGUGGUUCGGUUACAAGCGGACAGACAUAGAACAAACAUCUGUACUUUGUAAGGUUUGUAGAAAGUUGAUCGCGGCAAAACAUGGGAACACAACCAACUUAUUCCAGCACCUGCGACAGAGACAUGCAGUGGAAUGGCAGGAGUGUGUAGCACUAAAAGAUGCAGAUCCGAGCUCAAGCCACAAAGCGCCUGUAAAAAAGCAGGUAACCUUGGCAGCAGCAUUUUCAGCAGUCAUUCCUUAUGACAAGAAAGGGCCCCGGUGGCAGGCGAUCACAGAUGCGGUGACAUAUCACAUCGCAAAAGAUAUGGUCCCCAUCUAUACCGUAGAAAAAAACGGGUUCAUUAAGAUGCUGCAAACGAUAGACCCAAAAUAUCAACUGCCCAGCCGCAAGCAUUUCGCCACAGUUGCAUUGCCUAAUUUAUACAACAUAACAAGAGCUGGAGUCGCAGAGCAGCUGCAAAACAUCGUUUAUUUUUCCACCACUACCGACCUAUGGUCCAGCCGAACCACACACCCAUAUUUGAGUCUGACUGUGCAUUUUAUUGACGGAGAAUGGACCCUGCGAGGCAAGUGCCUGCAGACAUCGUACUUCCCGGACGACCACACUGGCGAAGUAAUAGCCCAAGGGUUACAAGACUCGCUGGCCUCCUGGAAGCUUCGAGAAGACCGUCUUGUUUGCAUGACUACGGACAGCGGUACCAACAUGAUUAAAGCCUUGAGACUGACUGAGUGGCCCAACCUCCAAUGCUUUGGACACAGACUGCACAACGCCAUCAUGAAUGGUAUGAAAGAUCCACGGAUUGACCGUGCCAUCGGUGUUUGCAAAAAAGUUGUAAGUGCCUUUUCCUUCAGUUGGAAGAAGAGAAGAGAUAUGGCAGUGGUACAGGCUGAGCUCGGUCUACCAUCUCACAACCUCAUCACCGAGUCCCUAACCAGGUGGGGUUCGAGACAACUGAUGGUAGAACGAGUGUUGGAACAGGAGAAGGCCAUAGCACAGGUCCUGGGAGCAGACAAGAAAAGCAGGCACCUGGUGCCCACCUGGCAGGACAUUGACGUGUUGGAGUCAAUGAAUAAAGCUGUAAGUCCACUGAAGGAAUUCACUGAUGCCCUAUCUGGUGAAGCCUACGUGAGUGUCUCCUACCUCAAACCGGUACUCCACCUGUUAAACAACAGCCUUCUGCAGCCAGAGGAGGGUGAGACCGAGCUCACCAAACAAAUCAAGAGCAACAUACUCAACUACCUCAACAAUAAAUACAAUGACCCUGUAACACAGGAACUCCUGGACAUGGCCUCACUCAUGGACCCCCGGUUCCGGACAACGUAUAUAGCAGAUGACGAAGUGGAUGGAAUCAAGAAAAGAGCUGUUACAGAGCUGAUGUCUCUUCCAGCUGAGAAAAGCAAAUCCCAGCCUGGCACAUCUGUGAAGGACCUGCACCAAGAAGAAGCUGCUGAGCCUGUUACAAAGAAGAAGAAAACUCUAGCAAGCUUCUUCAAGAAGAAGACAGUGACGCCUACCUCCCAGUCAGAGCAGGACAAAAUUGAAGCUGAGCUGUCAUCCUACUUGUUGUCGUCUGAGACAGACCCUGAUACAGACCCACUGCAAUGGUGGAAGGUACAUGAAGCUAACUUCCCAAGACUGAGUAAUCUGGCCAGGAAAUAUCUCUCCAUUCCUGCCACAAGUGCCCCUUCGGAGAGGGUUUUCAGUACGGGGGGUAACAUUGUAACAUGCCAAAGAGCAUGCCUCAAGCCAGAGGCAGUAGACAGGCUUGUCUUCCUUGCGAAAAACCUGUAGACAACUUCCCAGAAAGUUAAAGGGAUGUUAUUUUGUUUGAGAGUAUUUUCAUCAUAAAUUGUAUUAUCAUUAUUUAUUAUUUGUUGUAUUUCAUUUUACAAGUUUUUCAGGAAUGGCCUACAAGAUCUUUUUUUUUCAGUUCGCUUGGACCCCUGGAUAACUGCUUGCAGUUUUGUUGUGUUAAUAAAGAAAAUAUGUAUUUAAAUUUUGCCCUGGUCUUUUUAAUUUGUUUAGAGAAAAACAGAAAAAAAAAAUCGAGGUUUAAAUCGAAA